AUGGUUUUCGCACGGUUUUGGCAAAGCCUCCGCCUUGUGUGCGCUUUGCUGGUAAUUUUUCAUUUUAGUACAUCGAUUAUUGGAACUCAGAGCUUAGACCCUUGCUCCACUCCUAUUCUAGGCCAAACACGGUGGUUUGAACAGAGCUUAUGCCCUUGGUGGAGCACACAUGUCGAACCUCAUCGCAAGGAGUUUGCAAGGCCGCUAGCACUCCAAUGGCAGAAGCGUGAGGAAAUGGUUAAGCAUCAGGUUGAAAGUGUCGGUCAAAAACUCACAACCGCAGGUAAAACACAUGUGCUACCUCUAAUCAACAAAUGGCGCCAUGUUGCACAUAUUAAAAGUCAGUUGUACUACAACGUCUACGUGCUUCCUUACAUUAAGCAAGCCAAUUAUGAACUCCAGCUUUGGUUGCAGUCCGAUACUGCUAUUGCCAAGCACACGCUAUGCACGGUCAAUUUCAUUUCUGACGCAUUUCAUCAACUGGUGACCCGAGUAGGCUGCGUUUGGAGAACAUCGUACCCUAUUCUUUCGAAGGAAGCGCGGUGUGCAAGGUCGCAUCUGAUUAAAGUGGCUGAUUGGCUCAAUGCGCACAGGAUAAAUGUACAAGAAAGUAUCAGUAUGCGUCUGAACGCUACUCGUAAGGCUACCGGACCAGCUAAGGAAGUUCUGCACUAUGAGUCCGAAAACGCGGACGACGAAGAACAAGAAGAGCUUGACGAGGAUGAAACGUUGUAUUUGACUUCUACAAUCAUUGAAACAGUGACGCUUUCCGAUAAUCAGCUAGCGACACCUACCCACACUACCAGUUCUGACACUGACCUAGAAGUACCUCUACGAGACCUUGUUCAGGAUGAAUUCCAAGCGUGGUCGAACACUGUAGCCCAGAAGGCUUCGAAUUCAGAAAGUCAACUCGACCUAGACAUAAAAGAUCUAAAGAAAAGCAAGCUUGAUGAGAUUCGUCCUCACAUUACCGCUUUGUUAAAGGAGAUUUCUAAUGCCACGCAGCAGCAUUUCAGGCUAAUCAAUAACGCCAUGUUGGAUGUCAACUGUACUACAGACGUGGAUCCAGAGACCGGAGAACAGCUGUAUUUCAACAGAGAGGGUACACAGUUACGCGACUACGUAACCCGACCAUUGAUGCGCGAAUUUUUCUCUCACGCCCAUGCUUAUGUGGACGAUGCUCUUGAAAGGGUGCGCGAUGUUUUAGAGAGGUUUGUGGGCGAGGUCAAUACAGAUCUUGAUCAAUUGCGUCAAGAACACCUGGAGGUUUAUGAGGAAUGGGGAGACGUGAUGGUCAGCGAAUGGUCGAAACGUAUGGCCUACGUGGAUGUUGUCGCUGCAAUGGAAUCCGAAGAUUUGAGCCAAAGGCAACACGACAAUUGGAAACAGUUUUUGAAACUCAAGAAGCAGGUGAUAUCCACGAGAGAUGCCUUGACGAAGCAUGCUGCAGAUUUGCAAGAUGUGGAGAAGUUUUUGAAAGAGAUUCAAUUCACGUUGAAGGCAAUCCAACGCGAGGCAGGAGAAUAUCUGUUUAUUUUACGUUCGAAAGCCAACUUGGCAUUCCAAGCUCGGGAGGAGUCAGAAAGGCAAGCUCUUCUGGAACAAGCGGAGAAGGAGAAGAGGGAACAAGAAGAGCUAGAGAAGCAGGAGCGCGAAGAACGCUUGCGCCGGGAGCAGGAAGACCUGGACAAGUUCCAAGACAUGUAUGAUUCACUCGAUGAAGAACAGGGCAACGGCGACGACGACGACGACCAAGCGGCGCUAUUGCUCGAGCACGAAAAAUCACAACGUGCAGCUCUUGAGCGAUUGGAAGCCGACCAGCGCGAACAAAUGGCUCGCGAGCAAAUCCAAGAUGAACAGAGUCAUUCGUCCAGCUCCUAA